UUAAGUAGGUGGGAGUGUAGAAGCAGGGACCUAUAUACCCUGUACCUCUUUCCAAUAUUUUAUACAAACGCACGUGGAUAAGGAUAGUCCAAAAGGGAAGUGAUGUCUUCUAUAUACUCUCCUCGACUUAAAUGUGGGGUAUGUGCUGAUUUAAGUAUUCUCUACUCGCACUGCAAACAAUGUGGGAACCUAUGUGAAAAUUGUUCAGGACUUCACAGCAAAGGGAAUGCCUUCAAAAAUCAUAACGUGGUGUCUUUAACUUUUUCAGAUGAAAUUGAUACUUCUUCAAUCAAGAUGGAACCUUCCAUACAACUAGAUCUCCGUGAUAAUAUCCCCGUCACCACAUGUAUAAUACCGCCUGAUGUUGCAUCGACUUCAACAAGUGCCCCAACAUCUGUUCAUGCACCAUCAACUUCAAAUGCUCCAAAACAUGUUUAUGUGCCAUUAACUUCAAAUGCUCCAAAACCUGUUUAUGGGCUAUUAACUUCAAAUGCUCCAAAACCUGGGUAUGUGCUAUUAACUUCAAAUGCUCCAAAACCUGGUUAUGUACCAUUAACUUCAAAUGCUCCAAAACCUAGUUAUGUACCAUUAACCUCAAUUGCUCCAAAACCGUUUUAUGUGCCAUCAACUUCGAAUGCUCCAAAACCUGUUUAUGUGCCAUCAACUUCAAAUGCUCCAAAACCUUUUUAUGCGCCAUCAACUUUAAAUGCCCCAGCACCUGGUUAUGCGCCAUUAACUUCAAAUGCCCCAACACCUGGUUAUACGACAUCGACAAAUACACCUAAUACUUCAACGAAAAAAGGUGUGAAACGGAAAGCUGCUUCCGUUACCAUGAAGGAAAUUGAGAAAGUUGCUUGUCCUAAACAUACAUCUAAAACAGUGGAUUUAUGUUGUCAGGAUUGCAAUCAAGCAAUAUGUUCGCAGUGUCUGAUCUCUAGCCAUACUGGACACAGAAUUGGAGAUAUAACCGAUUUUUUUGGAAACAAAAGAGCUAUGAUUGAAAGUGAUUUAGAUCUCAUUCAGAGCCAUAUCCAACAAAGAGAGGACGCAAAACAGCAGCUGGUUGAAGAACUAGGAAAACUGGAGCAAGCUUCAGAGAGCGUGAUGAAGGACGUUAAAGAUUUUAUUGAAAAGAUGCGAACAACCAUUCUAAAUAAGGCCGAAGAAAUGAAGGCAACUACUAAAGAAACUAAAAAGAUGAUUACUUCAAGAAUUGGCGAUUUUGUCAAAGAAAUUAAAAAACUUGAAAUCUUGCGUAAAAAAUGUCAAGAUGAGCUGGAUGCUAAAGAUUUAUCAGUUGUUCUUUUCAGAAAGGUACCGGCGUUCUCACUCGAUACCUACGAAAAUCUUCCAAGUUCGUUCAAAAUUACACCUCCUGCGUUUAAACCAGACCAAUAUAUUAUGGAAAGUUUUGGAACCAUCGUUUCUGCAACUAUUCAAGAGGAACCUAUUGCGUUUAGGUCACCAACUACCCCAAUAAAAAUGGCAUUAAAAAAGAAGAUACAGAAGAGUCAAAGCAGUAUGCCAUUGCCUGUCCCGACAGCCACGGCUGCCCUUGCUCAAAAUCACCAAAUAAUAAAAGAUGCAGUGAAAGCACUUUGUGAAGAGCUUGGUAUGGACAUUGUUAAAAAAUGAAGAAGACAAACGGAAAUUAUUUCUCAAAUUUGAAGGACAAAAAUCUUUUUCCCAGUAAAGAAAAUCAUACAAUAUUAACUUGCCCAAGUAGAAAAAAUUAUCUUGAAAAAGAUGAAUAUGUAAUAUGACACAUGUAUCACAAUUAGUAAGAGAGAGAGAGAGGGGGGGGGAGGGAGGUAAUGUAAAAUUUGAAAGACAUGAAAUAAUAAAUGAUAAUUGUUUUA